AUGGCCGACUCAUCCAUUGCUAAUGGGCAAGACCCCCUUGAGGAGAAGCUGGGCCGUCUAUCGAAGAAGCCCGGCGUAAAGGCCAGCAUCGUUCUCGACCGAGCGACCGGUGCCAUUCUCAAGACCAGCGGGCAAAUCGACGAGCUCCAAACGACGAAAUCGCGAACCACAUCGACGGCCUCGUCCCUUUCGAGCGACACCACCGCUGUGCCGGAGGAGGACCAGCCACGAGGGGUAGAUCAGUUUGCAGCAAUGGUGUGGAACUUUGUGAACAACUCGGGAAGCCUUGUGCAAGAGCUGGAUACUGAGGACGAGGUGAAGCUUCUUCGGUUGCGAACACGGAAACAGGAGCUGGUGAUUGUCCCGGAUUCCAAGUACCUGCUCGUGGUGGUGCAUGAUACACCCCCGGCAUGA